AUGUCGGUACGUCGGUCUUGUCUGUUUCGUGGGGAGGUAGGGGCUGGCGUUAGACAAAAGGAGGAUGUGGCAGCACCAAGCCUUAUGUCGACAUGUUUGCCUGAGUCAGUCGACCCGUUAUCCUCUGCCCGUGGGCCACAUUCUGCCGCCUCUACUCGGCGGACCGACUCGAGCAAGGCAGGUACCCUCGAACCGAGCACUCUUUGUCAACGUGGACACAUCUACACUGAGUGGUUAUUCCGAUCUCCAACUAAACCAGCCAUGGCAACAUCUUAA